AUGACUCUUCAGCGUCCACGCAAUACGCCUUUCCGAGGAUGUGGUUCAUUCCAGGCUGUCUUCCCUCACUCGCGUGCCGCUCCUUCCUCUAACCAGUCUCCCUCAUCUUCAGGACGGUCCUCAGUCUCGCCUCCAUCGAUCCACAGCCAUGAUCCCGCCUCCUCUGUGAUUGUCCCAUGGACUACCUGGGACACGGUGGCAGUCAACCUGUUCAAUGUCCCAGAGGAGGCAACCACGUUUCUCAUAUGGCAAGCCUUCAACGGAGAAGGACGGGUCUUCUCCAUUCACCUGCCGCCACCCCGAACGGACUUCUGGAGGACUGGACAAUACCGAAUUGCUCUUUCGGACGGCCGCCAGGUCAACAUCACCAUCCACUUGGACACCCAGAAUAAGCAACACCAAGUCCCCAGUCCCUUGCAGGCCAAUGUCCGCUAUCCAGCCGAAAUCGCUGUCCCAAUCCUGGGACUAAAUCUGGGGACCUUGGAGGGCGAGAAGACGAUGCUGUCGCUGCGAACGAUUGGGGAUGGACUCCGGGAGUCCCCUCGGGUGGUCCUCAACUUGAACCGGCGAGAACUUGUGGUUUUCUUCCAGCUCGCUAUAUUCAAUCAUCGCCGCGCUGCCAAGGACGUCGAGGACACCUUUCAUGAAUAUCGCUUGAGGGUCCCCUUUGCCCAGUUAACUCGGCUUCUCCAGACAGAGAACAAGUCCUCAGAGUCCAUCUCUCACAUCAUGACUCUGGAUGCGCCUCCUAUCUAUCACCGUCGCCUGAAGGAUCUUUCCUCCACGUUCUCGGAACCAGGAAACAGUUGGAGGGAUGCGGAUACGUGGUUUCGCCAGACAGAUAUUGUCCACGUCCCGGAAGAACUGACUCGACUUCCAAUCAGCUUAAGAAAGCACAAGGCUAUCAUAAAUAUCGGGCGCUGGACCACUAUUCAAAUCAAUUAUCCUCCGAAAGUCGAUGAAAGAGAAAGUUUCACUCUUCUGUGCCGCGUGUUACGGGACUUCAACGUUGAUAUUGAUGUCUCUGAUGACUUUGUUUUGAGAACUCCUAAAGUAUCCCCCGUGCCUAUCAUAUGGGACAUUAUCGAUCCUCCUCCUGAGGGGCAGGCGACGUCUUUCUUGGAUGAGUUGAAAGGCGACGGAUAUAUCAAUCUACCGUUUUCAGUCCGGUAUCAGCUUGAAGUAUGUCUCUCCCAUGGAUACAUCAGCGAAUAUGCCGCAAGCAGGGAAUUUGUUGAAAAGCUUUUGGCGAUGGGAGAGAGGAAGGCAAAGAUUCUUCUGGAGCAUAUUGCGACAGAAAAGAAGACCUACUAUGAUCCCAUGGCCAUCUUUGAGCUCAAGUUCGUGAAAGGCGUGACCACAGCCAGAAUUCCACCUUAUUGCUGCUACAUGCGCUCGGCCACCGUUACACCCAGUACGAUUUACUACAAUACUCCGUCGGUCGACAUAUCGAACCGAGUCAUCCGUCAUUUCAUCGAAUUUUCUGAUCGUUUCCUUCGAGUGAGGUUUAAGGACGAAAAGCUCGAAGGUAGAAUCAAUUCGACUGAGAGAAAUACGAUGGACGAAGUCUUCACUCGCAUCAAGAGGACGAUGACUAAUGGUAUCACACUUGGUGAUAGGCAUUAUGAGUUUCUUGCCUUUGGCAACUCCCAAUUUCGUGAGCACGGGGCCUAUUUUUUCGCUUCUCUUCCCAACUUGACAGCUGCGAACAUUCGCGGCUGGAUGGGCCAGUUCAACGACAUCAGGAAUAUCGCAAAAUAUGCCGCAAGGUUAGGUCAGUGUUUUUCGACGACUCGUGCAGUUACAGGAUGUUCCGUGCAAGUUCGUGAAAUUGAGGAUGUUGUGCGCAAUGGAUACACUUUUUCAGAUGGCGUUGGGAGAAUAUCCAGAUUCCUUGCGCAAAUGGCAGCGAACGAACUCAAAAUCAAAACACCACAUCGAGAUCCUCCGUCUGCUUUCCAGUUUCGCCUUGGGGGAUGCAAAGGCAUGCUGGUCGUUUCAUCAGAAGCACAACGGCAAGAAAUCCACAUCCGCCCAAGUCAACACAAAUUCCCCGCUGAUCACAACGGUCUCGAGAUCAUCCGUUGGUCUCAAUUCUCCAUGGCAACGUUGAAUAGACAGAUUAUUAUUGUUCUCUCGUCUCUCGGUGUCUCGGAUGAGAUAUUUCAUGAGAAACUUCGAACGAUGCUUGCGAACCUCGACGAGGCGAUGACUAGCGAAACUCAAGCUGUGCACUUGCUCCAAAAGUACAUUGAUCCAAAUCAGAUGACCCUCUUCAUAUCUCAGAUGGUUAAAGAUGGUUUCCAAAAAUCGAAAGAGCCUUUCGUGACCUCUCUGCUGGCUCUGUGGAGGGCAUGGCAAAUCAAAUACCUUAAGGAAAAGGCGAAGAUCGUGAUCGAUAGAGGAGCAUGCCUUCUGGGUGUUAUGGACGAAACGGCCACUUUGAAAGGUUAUUCGCAGAAUAAUAUUCCCAGUGGAAACGCAUCUUAUGAAGACAAAAUCUCCGCAUUGCCGGAGAUAUUUGUGCAAGUUUCCAGAGCAGAUCAAGGCGGCAAGUAUCAAGUCAUCGAAGGGGUCUGCAUUCUUGCACGUAAUCCUUCCCUCCACCCCGGCGAUAUUCGAGUUGUGAGGGCAGUGAACGUUCCACAAUUGAACCAUCUUAAAGAUGUCGUGGUCCUUCCGCAGCUGGGCGAUCGAGACAUUCCCAGCAUGUGCUCAGGCGGAGAUUUGGAUGGGGACGAUUACUUGGUGAUUUGGGAUAAAGACCUGUUACCAAACGACUGGUUCCGGAAGCCAAUGGACUAUACUGCGACCAAGGGUCUGGAUUUGGAUCGUCCUGUAACAGUCAACGACGUCACCUCUUUCUUCGUCACGUACAUGAAGAAUGAUUGCCUGCCACGAAUUGCUCAUGCGCAUCUCGCGUGGGCUGAUUAUCUCGCCGGAGGAGUUGAAGAAGAUAAAUGCAUACGCCUCGCCCAGUUGCAUUCAGAUGCAGUUGACUACAACAAGACAGGCAACCCUGCUAAGAUGGCUCAAGAUUUGAGACCUCGAAUGUGGCCCCAUUUCAUGGAGAAAAAGCACCAGCCGAAAGAGCGAAUCUACAAGUCUCGCAAGAUUCUAGGUCAGCUGUAUGAUUCUGUCGAACGUGUUGACUUCGUCCCGAAUCUCGAGAUGCCGUUCGAUGACCGGAUCUUGAAUUGUGAAAUCAAAGUCAAUGAGGACUUGGUGGAAUUCGCAAAGCAGCUGAAACAUACGUACGACGUUGCGGUACGGCGCAUCAUGGCUCAGCAUGAAAUUAAUACCGAGUUCGAGAUCUGGUCGACUUUCGUUUUAAGCCACGCAAACAUGAGCAAAGACUACAAGUUCCAUGAAGAGCUUGGAGGAAUCUCUUCUUCACUCCGUGAUCGCUUUCGCAACGAAUGCUAUAACAAGGUUGGAGGACGCAAAUUUGAACUUGUGGCCCCGUUGGCCGUCGCGAUGUACCGGAUUACCUACGACGAGAUAACUGUCGCAUUGGCAGAAUUCCGCAAAGACCAUCCCACCGACCCAAGAUUAUUCCACCAAGCGAAGCCAAAUCCCGAUCAAUUGCCUCUAAUCAGUUUUCCAUGGAUCUUCCCAGACAUCCUUGGCAAGAUUGCUAUGGGUUAUUAUGAUGAGAAGGAUGAAGCCUUGGUCGUCGGCAGGGAGAAGGAGAACAAAGAACCACAACAAACUGAGGAUCAGCUGCAGACGUCGCCGGAAGGCUCGUCCGGCUCUAAGGAAGCUAAAGUGGAAGAUAGAACUGGUGUAUCACCAGAGAAUGAGGGUACCCCUGUCACAAAUACCUUGCCUCGUCGUCCAGAAGAUCCUGUCGACGUGGAAGAAGAGGGUGAGGAUAUCGUGGAGGAGGAAGGAGAUGUGAAGCCCAGCGCGCUAGACAUGCUCGAAAACCUCCUCGAGAGCUCUAAUGAGGAUUAG